AUGGGCAAUUUUGAGCCAAAAGAACGACAGUAUACCAUAUAUAAGAUGCAUUUAUUUUUAUUGAGCAAGUAUUUGUUCAUAUUUUCGUGAUUUUAUGCAAUUCUGCGAGGUGUUAGGAAAAUUCCAUACAUUUGCUAUAAAAAUGUAAAUGUGCACAGCACACAAACAGUUUGUCUGGGCCUCCUGUGAUAACUGUGAACCACCAUUACCCAUAAUACAUUUCGACAUUGUCGCGUACGCGUUUACCCUUUUGAAGGACAACCUUCCUUCAAACACUUUUAUAUAAACAGGCGCAAAAAGAAUAUCACAAAAAUACUAAUGCAGUCGUGUUUUGCCUGAAUUAUUUAGAAGUGAACCAGGACUCAUCAUUGAAGGAAGAUGAAUCACCGCCCCAAGGCCAUAUUGAACAAGCUGCUGAUGAGACUCAGACUCAAACCGCUGAAGAAGAUGAACCAAUGACAGUGCACUUUGCAGUUAAUUACAGAGGCAACGUUCAAUACAAACAGUCAGAUAAUGGUGUUCACGAAGAAGAAGAAGAAGAAGAAGAAGAAGAAGAAGAAGAAGAAGAAGAAGGAAAAGAAAGUCAACAACUACUGUCUGAAGAAGAAACAAGUGAUGUUCCAGUUGAUGAACUACCUCAGUACUUUCAGCAUCUAAAACUAAUUCACGACUCAACGCCAACAGAAGGAAGUGAGAAUAGUUUACGGUUAGCAGUGAAGUGCAACAAUCUAGAAGGACUGGAACGCCUGUGGGAAGACUAUCGUUCUGGGCGCUUAAAUAAAAUAGCGGAGAAAUACCUCGUGACAGAUGAAAUUAAGAGGAGAUUUCAUGUGGAGUCUGUAAAUUUAGCAACAGCUAUUCAAGAAGAAGAUUACUUGGCAUGCAAAGAGUUUCUGUCGAGCAAACCAAAAAGCAAUGCUAGCUCACCCGUAAAGGCUACUAGGGAAACUUCGACUCAAACUUCUACGGAAACGCAGACCCAGAUUGCUGUCAAACGUGGCCCUCUGACUUUAGACGAAAUUCAGAUUCAACCUGCUGAGGAAUGCCAGGGUCAGAUGGUUGACGAAAGUGAGAUCUUCGUUUCAGGGAAUACUCACAUUCCAUCUACGAACGAAACUCGUACUUUGACUGUGGAAGGCACAGAGACCCAAGUUACUGCAGAAGCUCAGACUCCAUCGGCUGAGAAAACUAGGACGAGGACUGGGGAAGCUACAGAAACUGGGACAAGAGCUGCGGAAGCUAGAGGAACUCAAGCUACUGGCGUGAGCCAGAUUCCAUCUGCUGGAAAAACUCAGACCCAGGCUACUACUGAAAGUACGAACCUUGCUAGAGACGAAACUCAGAUUCAACCUUCCGAAGAAACCUACACCCUUACAAAGACUGCUGGGAACGAGUACACCCUGGCUACAGAAGAUUUUUAUGUCGAAUUUCCCGAGACAAACGGGACUAAAACUACGGAAGAAAGUAAGCCCUCAAUUUUGAAAGAUGUGACAAAAGACUCGACUCAUCCAGGUAAUAAUUCUCAGGCGCUGUCUUGUCAGUCUCUUACUCGGGUUCCUAUAGAAGAUCAGAUUCGCUUUGUUAUGGAAAGGCUUUACGAUACUGCACUUGAGCAGGAGAUCGCAGUUGAAAAGCUUUCUGGUUCAGCAUUGGACAUUGACGCCCCAAAUCCACAUUCUUCAUACAAGGCACUUAAGAUCAAUACCACCUUGAACAGAUUAGAUUUGAGUGGCAAAAUAAUUAGUGAUCAUGAUGUACGUUCCCUCUCCGAGGAUCUUAAAGUCAACAAAACAUUGACUGAUCUGGAUGUGGGUGACAACAACAUUGGUGAUAGUGGUGCGGCUCAUCUCUCUGAAGCUCUAAAACUGAAUAGAACGUUGGUUUAUCUGUAUGUGAGUUGGAACAACAUUGGUGAUAGUGGUGCGGCUCAUUUCUCUAAAGCACUAAAAGUGAAUAGGAGGUUGGCUCGUCUGCGUGUGUCUUGGAACGGGAUUGGUGAUAGUGGUGCGGCAAAUCUCUCUGAAGCCCUAAAACUGAAUAGAACGUUGAUUGAUCUGGAUGUGAGUCGGAACAACAUUGGUGAUAGUGGUGCGGCUCAUCUCUCUGAAGUCCUAAAACUGAAUGGAACGUUGACUGAUCUGAACGUGCGUCGGAACAACAUUGGUGAUAGUGGUGCGGCUCAUCUCUCCGAAGCCCUAAAACUAAAUGGAACGUUGACUGUUCUGAAUGUGAGUCGGAACAACAUUGGUGAUAGUGGUGCGGCUCAUCUCUAUGAAGCCCUAAAAGAGAAUAGAAAGUUGGCUUAUCUAGAUAUGAGUGGGAACAACAUUGGCGAUAGUGGUGCGGCUCAUCUCUCUGAAGCCCUAAAAGUGAAUAGAACGUUGGCGUCACUGAAUGUGAGUGGGAACAACAUUGGCGAUAGCGGUGCAGGUCAUCUCUCUGAAGCUCUAAAAGUGAAUUCGAGGUUGGCUCGUCUGCGCGUGCCUUGGAACGAGAUUGGUGAUAGUGGUGCGGCUCAUCUCUCUGAGGCCCUAAAACUGAAUGGAACGUUGAGUUAUCUGGAUGUAAGUGGGAACAACAUUGGUGAUAGUGGUGCGGCUCAUCUCUCUGGAGCGCUAAAACUGAAUGGAACGUUGACUGAUCUGGAUGUGAGUGAGAACAACAUUGGUGACAGUGGUGUGGCUCAUCUCUCUGAAGCUCUAAAAGUGAGUAGAACGUUGACUGAUCUGAACAAUAGCAGGGACAACAUUGGUGAUAGUGGUCCGUGUCUACUGAUUGGGCUUACUUUACAGCGCACCGUUGGCAGUUCCUCCGCGAAAAAAGUAUUCCCAAAAAAUGAAGAAAGAAGUACUUUAAAAAUUCCAGAGUGGAAAGAAAUGGGAAAUCCUUACAGAUUUGCUCGCAAAAUGAAAAAAGAAACAAGCGGGUCACAAAUCGGGAUGAUGGACUUGAAGGCAAUGCGCCCUCCUGAAAGCCUAACAGGUGUGGGCCUAGAAAGAAGUGAGUCACAAAUUGGGAAGACAGCCUUGUUGCAGGCAAUUCUCCCCCAUGGAAGCCAUACAGGUGUAGGCCUAGAAACAAGCGGCUUAAGAAUGGUGGAGACAGCAUCACAGAGAAAACGCUCUACAAGCCCUGUAGGUAGAGAAAGAAGCGGGUCAAAACUGGUGCAGACAGCGUCAAAGAGAAAACGCCCUCAUACAAGCCAUACAGCUAGAGUAGCAAGCGGCUUAAGAAUGGUGGAGACAGCCUCGCAGAGAAAAAGCUCUCCUGCAAGCCGUACAGGUAGAGAAAGAAGCGGGUCAAAAAUUCGGACAACAGCCUCGAGGAGAAUGCACCCUCUUGCAAGCCAUACAGGUGGAGACUUAGGCCUCUUUACCCGAGAUCUCGUUGCAGAAAGAAGCGGGUCAAAAAUUCGGACAACAGCCUCGAGGAGAAUGCACCCUCUUGCAAGCCAUACAGGUGGAGGCCUAGGCCUCUCUACCCGAGAUCCCGUUGCAGUAACAACAACAGUGAGUACACAGAGGAAGCUAGAAAGUCGAGCCGAAAAGAAAGAAGACGUUUCUGAACAUGGGAAAUGAUGAUUCCUACUCAUUCAGGUAUUACAGUUUAUCCAAAUACAACCACUGUUAAACAAAUCGUCAGAGCACAACCCUUAUGUAUCCAGCUGUAAUGUGAUGUUUUCUUUCUUGAAAUAAUGUAGCUUUUGACUAAUAGGAAUUAAGGACUGUUGCUUAAGAUAUCUGCGUACUUGUUAAAAUAGAACUUCAGAUUAAUGUAUCUUUAUGUAUCUUUAUGUAUCUUGUGCUUUCGAUAUAAACACAUU